AUGCCCCGUUGGGGGCGACGACCUGCUCUGUGUCUGUCCCCCGUGGGAUCUCUCUCCACUCUCCUCGUUCGUUUCUAUCAGUUCUCCGGUUUCAAGAUCAAAAACCCGUAUCCCGUCUUCAGAAACAGUCUCCGGAAGACCCUCGAAGCUCAGCGUGCCGUCAACCGCAGCCGACUGAUCCGCAAGGUGUACUAUGACAAGCCCAGCCCGAACAUCUUCCGGCCAGCGAUUCCGAAAGAGAAUUUGGCAGGCCAGCAGCAGGUAGCGGCAGAAUCCGAAAAUGAUUCUCCUUCGAACCAGACAGCGGUGACGGCACGGGUUCACAGUACUCGACCUCAAUCACCCAGACGAGGAAGACGGGUUUUGAGACGUCCGAAUCCACGAGAAUCGAUUUCCACACCCCUCCAAUCGCUGUCUUGGAACGUGGACGAGAGCGCUCAGCGCCCUGCACAGUAUCCGUGGCUCGAAUUACUGCACUCCAAUACCGAUGAUUCGGACGGUCUCUCCCGGCUGGAUGCAGAAAUCCGCUCUCUGGAAGAGUUUCUGAGUCCCAGCAACCAAGAGCAGGUUGCCAUUGAACAGAUCGUACAAGACUUGUCCACGCUGGUCGCUGGAGUCGUCCCCCAUGCCCCUCAAGUCGUGGGCUCGCGACAUACAGGAAUGGCGCUGGCUCAUUCCAAUUUGGAUAUAAUCAUUGCGGUUGAUGAUCCUGACUUGCCCACUGAUGGGGAUCGCAGACCGAGUCCGAUGCGGCCCCAGGCCGUCAAAGCAUAUUGGAAUACUCUGCGCGCUGCGGAGGCCGCCCUUCGACAAAGUUCAGUGUUCGAUCAUAUUCACUUGUCUCAGGAUCGAAUUCCUGCAAUAACGAUGGUCCACCACGCUACGGGCAUACCGUUGCGGGUCUACUGUGCAGAAGAGCCACCCGCGGCGCUUGAGUAUAUCAAGAACUACCAAAUGGAACACCCAGCGCUCCGGCCUCUGUAUAUGACUCUGCGGAUGAUCCUCGAUGUCCGGGGCAAUUUUGGGGCGAGCCGAUCAUCGAUUGGGCCCUACGGACUGCUAAUGCUGAUCACCGCUGUCCUGAAGCUACAUCCUCGCCCGCCAAACAGUCUGGGGGAACAACUCCUGGAUAUCCUCCACACGUACGGCACAGCGGUCAACUUGGAAACGACAGGAGUCGCGGUCGAUCCGCCCGGGUUUUUCGACUUUGCAACCGUUCGACGGCAGGAAGACGUGGCCAGAGAGACUGGAGAGGAGCCUCCAUAUCUCCGCGGACAGCGCGCGCUCCUACGAUUCAAAGUCCGAGCGCGAGACAAAGCCAACCACCCGGCAGCUCGGCACCUGUGCAUCCAGGAUCCUACCAAUUACUUGAACGACGCAGGCUGGCCGUGCGUGCGAACAGCAGAGCUACAGGGUGCCAUGGCCGAUGCAUACCAACGUCUGCGAGCAGCUGUCGACGCGUGGGACGGCAAUGACGACCGCGCUCCGGAGAGCAUCCUCGGACAAGCCCUCCAGGCCAACUUUGACGACCUGAAACAGUUACGGAGUCGAAUUGGGAAGUUGUCCUGA